GCUGACGUAUGAGUGUGAGGCGAGAGAAAAAAAUAGACGAAUAGACGAAGCAAACGAGAAAAACAAAUAUAGGCGCUGUCGAUAAAUACGUGUAAUAUAAAUAAGAAGCGUGAUAAAAUAAUUCCACAUAUUUUACACUAGCGAGCCAUGGAAACGCCGACUGCCGAUGAUUUGCUACAGUUUCGCGACUACAGCGCAACUAACAGCGGCACACCAGCGCAAAUCAAUGUCAAUUCGCCAACGCAUGCUGCUAGAGGCGGUGCUGGUGGUGCGGGUGGUGCAGGAGGCGGCGCUGCCAAUUUCAAUAAUGGACAGCGUCAGCGUGGUGAUCCACUGUCCGACUUGAUAUACGACAUGAGCAAUUCGGCACAAAAUAUUAUUGGCGGUAGCGGUGGUGGAGGCGGCACCGGCGGUGCUGGCAACGAUGGAGGCUCAGCCGAUGUCGGCGCUGGCGGCGCCAGUGGAGGUGCUCGCGUCUCCUUCCUAACCAUCGAGUACUAUCAGCAGUUCUUCAAUGUCGACACGUACAUGGUGCUGGAGCGCAUUGCCAACUCCAUGAUACCCAAGCGCGCCUCGGCCAACUAUUUGCGCAUGAACAUUGGCGAAAAUCCAGAUCUCUAUGGUCCCUUCUGGAUAACCGUAACGCUGAUCUUUUCGAUAGCCAUCAGUGGCAAUUUAGCCAGCUAUCUGCAGCAGGCCGACGAUAGCUAUCAUUGGCAUUACAAUUUCCAUUUGGUAUCCUAUGCAGCCACCUGCAUCUUCCUCUAUGCCAACAUCUUGCCGGCCAUCCUCUGGGCCCUCUUCAAGUACAGCCUCAAGCCUGUCGAUGCAUCCGAUGCUGUGGAAACGGAAAGCGCUAGCUACACACCGAGUCUUUUGUCGCUGAUGUGCAUCUAUGGCUACAGUCUGGCCAUCUAUAUACCCGUCUCCAUACUCUGGGUGAUCAAUAUUUCACUGCUACAGUGGCUGCUCGUUAUCACGGCUGCCCUGCUCUCCGGCACAGUGCUGAUUGCCGUGCUGACGCCAGCGCUCCGCAAUUCACAAUAUUCGCUAUUCCUUAUCAUUGGCAUACUCGGCGCCCACAUCAUUUUGGCCGCUGGCUUUCUGCUCUACUUCUUCCACAGUCCGCCGGAGUCUGCCGCGCUGCUGACCAAAGCCACGACAGCGCUGCCCCUUAAGGCCUUGCCGAAGCUGUCCACGCAGGCCGUCGUUGGCGAUUUGGCGGCCGCCAAUCAAACGGGCUAAAAGACAUCAUUCCAAAUAAUAUCCCAAACACUGUUUCUGUACAUUAAGUUCUACACAGGAUUUUUACACGUUUGCCUCUCCCUCCCUCUCCCUCUCCCUCUCCCUUUCUUUGUGUCCAACGCGAAUA